UAUUAUUAGGAACCCAAAACAGGGUUGAUCCUACAGAGAGCAGUUUGUUGUUAUGGGAGAAUGUCACUUGUUCGUUGCGUCAUGCUAAGUGCUACUAGGACAAAGGCAUGGAGCGUCGGAAGAGCGUCUUCGGCGCUUCUCUACGCGUCUGGCGCGCCGGGCAAGGCACUGGUGCGCCCUCCGCAGAUGUCGCCAAUGGUGUCCGCCUUCUCAGCAAAAUAUAGCAGCACGUCUGCCCAGCAGCAGCAAGCACAGGUCACAUACGAUGACACAGUGAAGCUCAGCGAAUCGUGCGUGAAGCGCAUGGGAGAGAUCAUGGACAAGGGCGAGUAUCUGCGCAUCACCGUGGAGGGGGGCGGCUGCUCGGGCUUCCAGUAUAAGUUCUCCGUGGACAACAUAAGGAAUGAUGAUGACAGGGUGUUUGAGCAGGAUGGCGUGGGGGUGAUCGUGGACCAGGAGUCUCUGGAGUUCGUGAAGGGUUCCACGGUGGACUUCUGCCAGGAGCUGAUCCGCUCGGCCUUCCUGGUGCAGAAGAACCCUCAGGCCGACCACGGCUGCUCCUGCGGCUCCUCCUUCUCCAUCAAGGUGUGACCCCCAGACGCAAGGGUCGCAGGAGGUGUGUGUGGGGGUCGUGGAGCAACCCCCCCGCUUGUCUUGACGACUGAGCUAGUGCCUCACCUUCAGCCGCUUCCCCUUCCUCCACAGAUGCCCGUCAUCGCCGUCACUCUCUAACCUCUCAACCCUGCCGUCAGUCAGUAACCCCUGACCCUAACCCUAGAGUUCAGUCUUCCCCUUCCUCCACAGCCCUAACCCCUGACCCUGACCCUAACCCUAGAGUCUGUUUCAGGUUUCAUUAGUGUGGAGGAAACUUCAAGGAGGAUUCUGCACCUUCAUCGUAAAUUGCAUGCAAAGAUGCAUCGUAAAGUAAAUCUAUUAUUAUCAGCACAUUCACCAGAGGGGUUAUAAAAUAAAUCUAUUAUCUAUUAUCAUCGAUUGUGAUGACUAAGAUCAGCCUCUUGACAGGAGAGGAGUGGAAUGAAGACAGUGUGUGUAUAUAUAUAUAUAUACAUAUGAGUACAUAUGAGAGUGUGUAAAUAUAUUUCUAGUAUUAUUAAAGUAUGAAAGAUUAA